GAUUCUUGUCUUGCUGCGCGCAGGCUCAUACAAUGUUUAGAUCCUAACAGCCUUCGCAACAAUGCAUGAUGAUGAGGAGGCUGGCAGCGCUGCCGAGUUUGCGCAAGCUCGGCAGUGUCUUAGUACCGAGGCCAGUGUGUUGGGGGAAGCGCGGUAUGGUCGUGGAGGUCGCGACCAGUUCCGUGCGAUGUCAUCGCGCGUGAGCACAGCAGGACCACCGUCGCCUUCGGUAGCCGCGCGGCAAGCGCACCGCCAAAGGAAUUUCGCAGCGCACAGGAAGAUUGGAAAUCUGACGAUAUCGCCUUCACGCAAGCAGCGUGUGCAGCCUUGGUCUCGCUAUUCCCUUUUGGUGAUCUGGCAAGUGGUCCGCGACGCGCCGAUGGUGCUGUUGGGCCCUCUGCUGCUCUUCGUGCUUUGCUGUGGCCUGGGCAUCUUUGGGGUUCUCAUGUCGGCGCAACAAAGCGUGCAGGCUGAGCAAGCGGUGGCCAAAGAGCUUGUCGCGGACGCGGCGCGGCAUGUUGAGCUGCAGAUGCAACAGGCCUUUAGCCCCAGUAUCACCAUGGAGAUUCAAGUGCAACAGCAGCCGUACUUCCCAGCGCUCUUGCAAAGCUUUGAGUUCGUUGCGUCGCGACUGCUAUCCAAGGUGCUUCCCGGAAUGAUAGCGUCUCUGCAGCUCGCACCGAACGGAGUCAACCAGGCCAUAUAUCCGCUGGCCGGCAACGAAGCCGCAAUAGGCCACGACUUGCUAGCCGACCCCAGCCGGCGCGAGGACGCGCUACGGGCGAUUGCGUUCGGCAAUCUAACCGUCUCCGGGCCGUACAAAUUGCUGCAAGGUGGUUACGGUGUCGUGCUGCGGCAGCCGGUGUUCGUAACGCCACCUGCUGGCGCCGCCGGCUGGGCACUGGCCUCAAACAACGACAGUAGCAAUGCCAGCAGCCGGCAGCAGACGCCUACAUACGGCAAUGGAACAGGGCAGUGUGACCCAACGUUUGGAGCUAACACCACGCGGGCCGACUGCCCGGGAACACUGUGCUAUGAUCCGGCGACUGGGAAGCGCUUUUGGGGCUUCGCUCAAGGCCUAGCGCGUCUGGACGGACUCCUUCAGGGCAACGACGCGCGAAUGAAGCGGCUAAGCCAGUAUGGCCCAUGGCAUCUGACGCGGGUGUAUGACAACGGCACCGAGGCCCAGCUGGCAAGCAGUGCCGUAAACGGCAGCAGUGUCGGCAGCGGCACCUGCGAUUCCAUCGCGGACUCCCCGGACGGCACGGACUCUGGGUCGGGCGGCCCCUGCGUGUCGGUGCCGGUGGUGCUGCCCAAUGCGCUGUGGCGUCUGUACCUGGGCAAGGCCGGCGGCUGGCAGCCACGCUGGCGCGCGGGCCUGCUGGCGCUGGUGGUGGUGGGCAGCUUCGUUGUGUCGGGGUUGCUGUUUGGCUUGCUGAUCAGCAGCAAUAGGCACCGAUCGCUGCUGGAAGCGAUGUUUCCAAAGAAGGUUCUGGCGCCGCUGCAGCAGGGUAAGAACUUCUCAGAGGAGUUUGACAGCGUCACCAUUUUGUUCACGGACAUUGUGGCCUACACCACCUUGUCGGGACAGAUGAAGCCGAUUGAGGUGGCGGAGAUGCUGAACGAGCUGUACACGAUAUUUGACGAGAUCUGUGAGCGCAAUGGCUGUUACAAGGUGGAGACAAUCGGUGACGCCUUCGUGGCUGUGGGCGGCUGCCCGGACGCUGAGCCCCCCGAGGUGGCGGCGGAGCGUGUGGCGCACAUGGCCCUGGACAUGGUGGCGGCCACGACUGAGUUCACCAGCAGUCGGGGGCACCGCCUGCGCAUCCGCGUGGGGCUCGCCAGCGGCCCCAUCGCCGCGGCGGUGAUCGGCGUCAAGAUGCCUAGAUACUGCCUCUUCGGCGACACGGUGAACAUGGCCAGCCGCAUGGAGUCCAACAGCGACCCGCAGCGCAUCAACCUGUCACCGGCAACUGCCGCGCUACUGCGUGGCUGUGCCUCUGCCGCUGCCUUCAACAUCAUCUCGCGCGGGCCUGUCAUCAUCAAGGGCAAAGGCGCUCUGGAGUGCUUCUGGCUGGAGCCGGCCCAGUCCAGCAGCAGCCCUCAGAUCAUGGGCUUGAACAGCCUCGCCAGCUACGGCAGCUGGGAGCUGCUGCAGCCGCCCCCGUCCUUGCACUCCACGCUGGGCGGCGGCGCAGUGGCGGCGGUGGCGGCGGCAGCGGCGGAUGGGGCGCCCGCCUGCGUCGCGCCGGGCAUGCAACGCGAGGCACGCGGGCGCCUGUCGCUAGCGGCGGCUGCCGCCGCCGGCAGUGCGGCCGGUGCGGCGCGGAACGUGCAGCUGGCGAACGGGGCUGGCGGCGGCAGCAAUGCGGCAGCGGCUGCAGCGGCCGCAGCGGCCAUGGCUGCCUACCACCCCAUGCCGAGUGUCACCAUGUACAGCUCUUCCCCGACCUCCACCUCAAUCACCUUGGCAAUGGCGUCAUCCCCCGGCGCUACAGCCAGCCGCCCGGAGUCUGAUGCUACAGCCUCAGCCGCCGCCGGCCCGAGCCGCAUUAAAUCCGUAGCGCGGGACUUGGGCAAUGGCAUGGUUUCACUGAUGGUAACGCCCACCGGCGGGAUGUCACCAGCCACCGACUUCGGCUACGGCGAGCGGUUGGCAGUAGCCGCAGGCUCGCCACCAUCGGCAGACCCUCUUGCAGCGCCCCUCGCAUGGCAGCAGCAGGCGGCUGGGUCCGGUGCUAACGUCAGCCAUCAAGCCCACGACGUUGCAGCGCCCACCUCGGCACCGGCGGCGCUGACGUUUGAUGAGCCGCAGUCACUGCCGCGGCUGGCAGGCGGCGCCGCCGCUGCUCCCUGCAUGGCGGCGCCGGGCGGUGAUGGCGCCGUGGCCGCACUAGCGGCUGGCGCUACAGCCGCCGAGCCCCCCACGCACAACUACACUGUGGAGUAUGACGACGAAGGCGACGGCGGCGCCACCGUUCACCCGGACACCACGAGCCUCUCGUUGCCGGCCGCGCUCAUGAUUGCCAGCCGCGGCGGCAUUGGAAUGGCUGCCGGUGCCGUCAUAGGCAUGGCGGCGGCGGCGGCUGCUUCACCCCCUGCCAACGGCCGCAGCAGCAGCAGCAGCAGGGGCACGCAGCUCACCAGCGGCUCAGGAAGCAUGGCCACAGUCCCGGCUUACACCGCCACCACCAAUUCCACCCUCACCGCCAACAGCAUGCUGGCGCACUCGAUGACUCCCACCGCCACAGCGCUGGGCGGACUGAGUGGGUACAGUAGUCUGGUCGGCGCUGGUGGCGCCAGCACGGCCGCCGGCGGCGGCUGCGUCAGCGGCGCCGGAAUUUUGGCCGCGGCGCCCGCGGGUUCCGGCGAGUGGAGCUACUGGCAGCAGCAGCAGCAGCAGCACAUCAUGCUGAUCCGCGCUGCCAUUUCCAAUGCGGACUCAGAGUCGGCUGCGGCGUCGAACCCCAGGAACACUGCGGGCGGCACGACUGGCAGUGGCGCCGACGACGCCGUGUGUAGCGAUGUGGCCGUUGCUCUGGGGCCGUUCAGCUCCACAGCUUCGGCUGACGGUGGCGGGGCUGCGAAUCGGCCGACAUCGCCUGUUGCCAGCGCGUCGGCAGCAGCAGCAACAGCGGGCACAGCAGGCGAGCGCGGUACGGCGGUGAACGGCGGUGGUGAUGAGACGCAGCAGCCUUGGAAGAUGCCGGCGGCUGAGGCGGCGCCCCAGCCGCAACCGAUUGCAGUGGUUGCGGUGCAAAUUGAGGAGGCUGCUGGUUCCGCAUCUGCCCUGCCUGGCGGGGAUCAGUCACUUUCUGCUGCGGAGGCUGCGGGCGUCACGAUCAAGGACCGCAUGCAUGGGCCCAAUCCUGCCGUAGACAUUGUGAAGGCAUGAGUGGCAGGUAGUGCGAGCAAGCGUGCACCUUAGCAGUCGUAGCUAGGGGGAGAUGCAGAUGUGCGCUAUUGCUCGGCCCUUUGGGGCCGCGUGUCGCAAGGAAUGCAAGCAUUCACAUAGGGCUGUCAAAGCCACUUUUGAAACAAAGCAACGCAUGCAGGGGUACAACGCAAGUUGACCCACAUGUUUGUAAAUGGAACAAGAGCAACCACGUCCGCAAUGAAGUGGGAGCGACUCGUCAUUAUAUACAUGAGAGGGAGGAUACACGAAGGGGGAUUCGUUGGUGAUUCGUUGGUGAUUGAGCUGGGCAGGUCCGUAAUCUGCGGUUGACAGCUGCGGGGCUGCCCGUGUCUGCAUUUGCUCGCCGUGGCAUCGAGCAUGUGGCGGCACGAUGUGGCGGGCUAAGCAAUGCAUGCAAGCGCAGUCGUUGCUAAAUCGCUAAAUAGGCAGUUUCUGCUGUAGAUUUUACUGACUGAGGGACGAAGUAAACUGCAGCCAUGUAGCCGCGAACUGCUGCUGAGGUCGCGUUGGAACUUCGACCCACUCCCGUUUGAUGCACAACAGGUCUGGGAGAGAGGCUUGCUGUCAAUACGCCAAUGACUGUACGGUACUGAGACCACUGCAAAUUAUAUUGUGCUCACGCCAUGUGUGUGGGAUGAUGGUCGUUCUUCACAGCCGUUUAUGACACCGGUUGCGUUUGUGCCUGGUCUAUUCGACAUGUUGGCUGGGAGGUUGUGUACACGCAAGGGUUGUCAACAGAACGCACACGAUAUGUAGCCAGCACGACUGUGUUAUGCGAAUCCACAGGGCAAGGGGAAGGCCCCACCAGUGUGCGCCUCAGUACCAAUAAUCCAAUAUGUGUCCACCGUAUUUGACAGAGCGUAUGGGUGUUGAGUGCAGAACAACGGGAGGACGCAUGCAUAGUUUCACCGCUGUGCUAUAGCAGCAAUGGGCGCUCUGUCGCCUGCUGGUUGGCUCACUGCUGCUAGUCGCUGCUCUUGAUGAUGCUAUGUAUCAGGAGGUGCAUGUUCUCUUGCCCUUCAGUUAACUGCCGUACAUGCAUCUAGGACCUGUGCAGCGCAGCUUGAAUUGGGCACGCAUGGUGAUUCAUUUGGCUUUCCAGCCGGCGGAGGCAGGCGCGGCUGGGCGAGCGGAGCGAGUAAGGAAGUGCAGGGCUUUACUACUGUUAAUAUUGGUACUCCGGGCCCUUGUCUUCACUACUGAAUACGCACAAGCACACGCACAUGGCUGGUAUGCAUGUGUGUUGUAUGUGCACUGCAACACGACAUCAAGGCACCCGGCACAGGCGGGCAUGUACCCUCAUUUUGAGUUGUGAUGCUGCCUGUUCAGUGACUGCAUUAGCGCAAGCGACUUGACCACUCGGUUGAACUAUUGCGCAGCUAGUUGGCUAAGAGAGCGCAAUUGAGCAUAAGAGGCCUCUGUACCGUAUUUCUUGAGCUGCCUCCGGAGAUGGGUCGAUGAUGGAGGUUCCCUGAUUGACGGUGAUUAAUGCUCACUGCGCAAGAAGAGUAUUGCAGACUGCCAUGAGACAAGCGGGAGCGUGUCGAGGCAGACCCCAACUCAUUCUCUGGAGCCCCCUAAUGUUCAGACCUGCAGGUCUGGCAGAAUUGAGUAUGGACUGUACGGCACGUGCCAAGCACAGACUGUAAGACUUCGGUAUU